AUGCAGUCUUCGAUUCUCUUCACACUCCUCGCUGCUGGCACCACUUCUGUGGCUUACACCAUUCCCGCCAAUCUUCAAGCAAUUUACAAUGCCCACAAGGCCGGCACGUGCGCCAAACCACUCUCAGGAACCUCUUCGUCUGGAGCUGUCUUCUGCGGAGAUAUACCGAAUGCCAUCUUUCUCAAGGGGAGUUCUGGAAACUAUGACAACAUGGACGUCGAUUGCGACGGCGCCGACGACAAAGCCGGCGAUUGCUCCAAUGACCCUACUGGCUUUGGCGAGACGGCAUUUAAAGACACUGUGCAGUCAUAUGGCAUCCCGGAUCUAAACGCAAACAUUCACCCCUAUGUGGUUGUUAAUGAGAAGCCCUUCUUUGACGGCCAGCAGUAUAUAAAGCCCUUGAGUGUCAUGGCUGUCGUCUGCAACAAUCAAGUGUGGUAUGGUAUCUGGGGCGACACCAAUACAGAGCCAACAACCGGAGAGGCAUCAAUCUCACUUGCUCAACUGUGUUUUCCCAAUGAGCAUCUUAACGGCGACUUUGGACAUGGGGCAAAAGAUGUGCUUUACAUCGGCUUCAUCGGUGAUGAUACAGUACCAGGCAAAAACGGUGCGAAGUGGAAUGCCCAGAAUGUCUCAGAGUUUGAAGCCAGCAUCAAGUCUUUGGGAGACCGACUUGUCCAGGGUCUC